AUUUAUUUUUCCCAUUUUGCAAUCUCUUUUUUUCAUAAUAAAGUUUGAAUAUUUUAAAAGACUUUAACGGUGGAAAAAUACAUUUUCUUUCUAGUUAACCUGGAUCUCUCAAUUCAUCUACCCAGUCCCAAACCUUUGAAUCCAUGCACACAAUUAAAAAACUGAGAAAAGGAACAUUUUUCUAUAAUUUUCAUUGAAAUCUUCAAAACAUUCAAUUAAAAAAACAAAAAAUAAGAUUUUUUCCCACUUGAAUGUGAAUAAAAAUGCAUCAACCUUCUUUCUGAUUUUCCUCCGAUUUGAUCCUUUCUUUCCAUUCUCAUUGGAUCUUUACCUUGUUAUUCAAUUCUUCUACUUAAAAAAUAUAAAAAAAAUCGUUAUUUUUCUCUGAUUAUUGAAGAGCUUCAAAUUGUGUGGACACAAUUUGGUGGCAUAAAGAUCUAAUUUUGAGCCUCACCCUCAAUCACCAGCUUCAAAUUCAAUUCUGGGUCGGUUCCAAUUUCUUCAAAAAACCUCAAAACAGUGAGAUUCACUUUGUUGCAGUGUUUAAGAUUUGUGUUGAUUUUGGCUGUGAAAAGUGUUUGAAGGUUAUGGUGAUGAAGUGGCAAUGAAGUGUGUGACAAAGAAAUGGAAGUUAGAUCAUCAGAGGGUAAUCAAGUGAGAUAUUAUGAUAAGCUUCUUCAAGCUGCUCCUUUGAUUCCAAGGAGCCGUUUUCGUGUUUGGUUUAUUCGAAUUUGUUCAACCAUUGUGCUGUGGACAUGUUUGGUUCAGCUUGUUACAGUGAGUGAACUAUGGCAUUCCAAUUUCUUUACUGGAUUUACCAGUCGUAUAUAUCAUACAACUCAACGGCCUCCUCAAGGAGAUGUUAGAUUUGCUCAAUCUCCUCCCAUUUUACUUCCUGCAAGAAAUUAUACUAGUAAUGGUUUUCUAAGAGUGUCCUGUAAUGGGGGUUUGAAUCAAAUGCGUGCAGCGAUUUGUGACAUGGUGACAAUUGCUCGGCUUUUGAACCUCACAUUGGUUGUUCCGGAACUUGAUAAGAAAUCUUUUUGGGCAGACCGUAGUGGCUUCGAGGAUAUAUUUGAUGUAAGACAUUUCAUUGAUUCUUUACGAGAUGAAGUUCGAAUAGUGAAAAGAGUUCCCAAAAAGUUUACUAGGAAAAGUGGAUACUCGACCCUGGAGAUGCCUCCUGUUAGCUGGUCAAAUGAAAAGUAUUACUUGGAGCAGAUUCUACCGCUUUUUGCCAAGCACAUGGUGGUGCACUUCAACAAAACAGAUGCACGCCUAGCAAAUAAUGGUCUCCCAAUUGAUCUACAGAAACUUAGGUGCCGUGUUAAUUACCAGGCACUUAAAUUCACCCCUCAAAUUGAGAAUCUGGGGCAAAAAUUGGUUCAGAUACUUCGCGAGAGGGGACCUUUUGUGGCAUUGCAUCUGAGAUAUGAGAUGGACAUGCUGGCUUUCUCAGGUUGUACUCUUGGUUGCACUCAUGAAGAAGCCGAGGAUCUCAAGCGGAUGAGAUAUGCAUUCCCUUCAUGGAGAGAGAAGGAAAUAGUGUCUGAAGAAAGGAGAUCACAGGGUCUAUGUCCUUUGACACCGGAGGAGGCUGCCUUGGUUAUGCAAGCCUUAGGUUUUGACCGGGAGACACAGAUUUACAUUGCAGCUGGUGAGAUUUAUGGUGGUGAACGUAGACUUGCGCAACUGAGAGCUGCAUUUCCAAAAAUUGUUAAAAAAGAGGUAUUGGUCGCCCUUGAUGAGUUACAGCAGUUCCAAAAUCAUUCAUCACAGAUGGCUGCUUUGGAUUUCAUGGUUUCGGUAGCCGGUGACACCUUUAUUCCUACCUACGAUGGGAACAUGGCAAAACUUGUGGAAGGCCACCGCAGGUAUUCCGGUUUUAAAAAGUCCAUCUUAUUGGACCGGAAAAAGCUUGUACAAUUGCUUGAUAUGCAUCAAAAUGGAACCCUUCCAUGGAAUGAGUUUGUAGAUGUUGUGCGACAGGUUCACGAAAAGAGAAUGGGUCAGCCAACUUAUCGUCGAAUUAUUGUAGACAAACCAAAGGAGGAGGAUUAUUUCUACGCCAACCCUCAUGAGUGCCUUUGUGAGGGAACAAAGUGUGAUGAUUUGCUAGGUCCUCAUAACUCUACUCGAGUAAGAUGAGUACAAGUUGUUGAAUGUAGAAAAUAUGCACUCUUAGCCCAACCAUAAGCAUGAAAGAGCAAAAUCUGAAAAUGGCUCCUUCCCACUGGCAUAAGUUCUUAGAGAUAUUUGUAUACAUGAUUUUGUAGGAAACCAUGGGGAAAAAGGUAAAAUAGAAAAGAAAAAGGAAAUAUAUAUUUAUAGAGGCUUGCAAAGAUGUAUCUUCAGUUUUACCCUUAUUCCCCCCCCCCCCCACCACCAAAUUCAGUAUAGUUGUAUAAUGGCAGUUAAUGUCGCAAUCUUUGAUUCGAAGCAUGAAUUCUAAAGUUCAUUCUCUAUGUAAUCACGGCAGUCAACUGCUUUAUAAAUAAUCAUCAGUACAGAAGUGUAAUUUAUAUUUCA